UUUUGACUGCAGUCCAGAAAUGUGAGCGUACCGGGGGAAUCCAUCACCUUUUACUGGCUUCAUGCUCACCGACCAACAAGUCAGUAGAGGCGUCGCAAGUGGAACAUGACGGCUACGGGCGGUAGAAAUGGACCGCCAGUCCCACCUGCACUUCCACCUCGAAUCUACCGCAGCACCUCAAUGUGUGACAUGCCGAGUUCAAAGCCAAUAAAGCUCCCAAGGAAAAACCUGAUCAAGACAUCUAGUACCAUCUCAGAGGAAAUCCCAGAGAAUAUCUAUGAAGACCCAGAUGCAUUAUUGAAUUCUAUUGCAGAUGUAAGUCAGUCAGAGGCUAAACCCAGGCCAAUACCUCGACCAAGGAUUAAAGCCAAACCAAAUCCCUAUGUCCAGAACUCCAACAACACAACCGUAGCAAACAACGUCAAUGUGACCAAAUCAGCACACAACGAUUUAACCAACACAAGCUACCACGGGAACAAGACAAACACAACAUACAAUGCUAACACAUCAGUGACGAUCAACAAAGCCAAUACCACCAAUACGAGGAGCACAACCUACAGCCCCGACACAACCAGCGGGGCCUACAAGACUGGAACGACCACCAAAACCAAUGCUAACACUGUCAUCACGACCCACAAUAUCGGAACACCCAGUUCAGACAAUGCUAGCAUAGUCGACUCGACCUACAAGGCUAACAGGACCAACACGGCUAACUCUUCAGACAGAUCAUCUAACACAACUGACAACACAAGUUACCAUAGGAGGAAGGACUCCAAUGGCUACAUGAUACCACGUCCUGCUCACAAACCACCUCUUCCACCCAUGCUGCACGAGACUAAUGGCGUAAAUUCAAAAGCGGCAGGCGGUCCACAGGAUAAUCAUCAGGGAACAAAUUCAAAUACAAGUGUCAGGAAGCCGCCUCCUGUUCCUCCUCGCCUAGAAGUUCCCUCUCUUUAUCACGGCCGAGAAAAUCCUACCCCACAGCCCAGAGACACUACAAGCAGAAAUAGAGCCCCACCUUUGCCUCGACCUCGUAUCUAUCAGAGUGCCUCAAUGUUGGACCUGUCAAACUCAGAGGGCAGAGAGACACCAUAUUUGUCCAACUAUGAAGAGGAACAUUACAACAGCUCACAGUCAUCUCAGUACACCAACAACUUCAACCCUCCAUACACUGAAAUUAUUCAAGAUUUUGAUUUUCACCAUGCACGGGCAUCAACGCGCCGUUACGACGCAGAUAACCAGAGCACCAACAGCAACAUGUAUCAGUUCUCAGAUGAUAUCUCUGAGCUUUUACUGUGGCUUAAAAGAGUAUCUAAACAAUCAGAUAUACAGACACUUUAUGGCCUCAAUAUGGAAGACGAAAUCAGCUGCUUCCGUCGGCAGGCCAUGCAUGUGAGAAAAGCCCGCCGCCUCUACGGCCUGCUCAUGAUGAAGCGUAAAGACGCCUUGCAGAACUCCCUCAAAGAGUUUCGAGCCAUCUGCGAAAGACUGGACAAAGUGCAGAAAACGAAUAAAAACAUGGGAAUUGCCGGAGGCACCACAGGGGCAGUGGGAGGCGUGACUGCAGUGGUGGGCAUCGCCUUGGCCCCCAUGACCAUGGGAGUCUCUCUGAUUGCGACGGCUGUGGGUGCGGGCAUCGCCGCCUCGGCUGGAGGAUUCGGCGCUCACGCUGCCAAGGCCAACAAGAAGGUUGUGAACAGGGAGACCGUUGAGAAGCUUGUAAAUGACUACAAGUCAGAUGUCGCUGACCUAGAACAGUGCCUGCACUACAUCCUCUGUGCGAUGAAGGAGCUGCAAAGACACAACGUUGUCAAAAUGCAGAAGGCGGGAGCUCCGCAAGACGCCCUGAGGAUGGCGGAUCUGUCGCGGGCCGUGUUACACAACAACACAUACAGCAGCAGGCAGAUGUCUCCCAGUCCUGGAGGGAUGACGUCUGAAAGUCUGCUUAAACAAUUUGUUGCCGAAUUUGAUUUCUAUUUCACAGAAAAGAGUGGCCAGAAGCUGAAGAAGUCGAAUAAGAGCAGGUUUUCAGCCAGAGUGUGCACUUUGGUUAGAAACCUGCAGGAGGAACUCAACUACUUGACUCAAAUGUGGGAAACGUUAAGCUGAGAACAGAUUAUUGUGUGCUUGUGGCUGUGUGUGAGUGCAAGUAUGAUAGAUAUUAUAAAUGUUGUAAUUUAUCAUCAGCAGAUAAAUGUUUUCAUUAAAAAACAAUGAUAUAACAUUAUUUAUGUUGAUAUAUUGUAUAGAGCACAGUGAUCCAUAUUGUAACUUUCUUAUCAGGUAUUAUUACAAACACAAACACCAGGUAUUAGAAAAGAAAACUCCUAUGCUCAUCUUGUGUGGAAGUUCUGUAUAUUAUUAACUUAUAUUGUAUAGUUUGUCCCAUUCUUUCAGUACAAGUGAUGUGAUGUUGAUGACUGAACUUGUUGUAUCUACCAGCCUGAGAUGCAGGGAAUAAUUUUGUUUUUCUCCUGUUGAAGACUGCAGUUUAUGUAGCCCCACAGCUCAACAAAAACUAUAACUGUACUCAAAGUAAGCCAGAUCACAGAAAUAUAUACCACAGGAGAAUGCAAAAGAAACUGGACUGACCCAUCACAAUAAAAUGCAUGAGACGAAGUGCCUCAAACCCAAUGGUACCCUCUGCAGAGCAGUAAUUGAAGGAAUGUCUGGUUACCAUUCGGUUUUAUGUUUUCGCAUUUUUAAAAAAAUCAAGUCUGCAAUAAAAUUUCAUGACAUUA